UUGAUUUUGUUUCUUCCAGCGCGCAUACCAACAGCCUGGAGAGACAUGGGCGGCACAAAAUUACACGAUAAAAUGCGACGGGUGUGCACGCCGUAUUGACACGCUAAGAUAAAGAUGCCUCUGUUGCUACUCGGAACUGCUGUCUUGGAACUCAUAUGCCUGGGGACGAUUGUAGAUUCUGCUAUCAUUCAAAAGCGCCUCAUCGGAACCGCCUGCAACACGACGGUGCAAUGCCAGGCAUUGCUUCCGAAAAGCCAAUGCAUAUAUUCGAGCUGCUUUUGUAUCGGAGGCCACUAUUACAGUUGGAAAAAUAACAGCUGCAUUCCACUCAUGCUCCUUGGCGAGAACUGCACGCACGACAACGAAUGCAGCUCGCACCUCAUGUGUAGCACCCAGCGGUGCACCUGCAUGCCGGGGUACAAACAGGUCAAGGAUUGGUGCGAACCCACACGGAUGCAAGAUGAUACAGAGAGGUUUAUGGAGUUCCCACAGGAACAACCCAAUCUGCUUGUUGUCAUACUCAAGGGGCUUGGGAUCAUUGCCCUCAAGGUGUCACUAUUUUACCUGUUGGCGAAAGUGAUGUGUUUCUCUUGCAACCACAUGGUGAGUCAGCAAGAAUAUACAGCCGGAGAAAUCUACAGCCCACCCACCAAGCCCUGUACACAGGAACCGUUGGCAGGCAGCAUGCCAUACCCUUCUACAAUCACAACCGGUGCGCAGUACCAGGUGCCACUCUAUAUAGACCAAGCGGUGCAGUUCCCCAAGGAGCAGACAGCCAACUACACCGGAGAACAGCAUACUACGCCUCAGCCCGCUUUUCCAGCUUAAGCCCACACGAGCACAUUGUGCAAAGCUGCUCUACAACCAACUUGCUGCAACUAAAGCUUUGAACUGCUGAUUAACCUUUUUCACUAAAGCUGCAUGAUUUAAGAAUCAUUUGUGACCAGCAGAGGAAGCAGAUAUUUUACGUCUUCCAAUUUGUGCUUCUUUCAUGCCCUCAUCUAUAUGCAAGGCAACAUACAUUUUUUUGUAGAGUGAUUAAUCAGCUCAUACGAAACAUAUAACGAAGUCACAUGCACUGUGCUACUGUUGUAUCUCAAAAGUAGUUGAAUGCAUCAUGGCAGGGAUGAAUAGUAAUAAUUAUUGCGGCAGUUACAAUUCAACAAACCUAAGCUGCAAGCUAUGAUGAUCAGUAGUAAUCUCUAGAUUAGUUUGAUUCUGUUACUUUGUAAGGUGCAAUGUCCUAAAUUAAUGAGAAAUAGCAAAGUAAGUUCUCAGUUUGAUUAUGACUGCUGACAGUGUUUUGAGAUGUAACAACAUGUUAGCAUUAGUG